GGCUGGUCGGUGUGUAACGUCAUGGGAAGAUGGCGGACCCUUUUACGGGUGGCCAAAGCUCUAGGGCUAGUAAUGCUUUACAGAAGCGUCAAGAAUCCUUAAAAAGAUGGAGUAAAAGCGAGACAGCCUUAGAAUCUGCGGACAGAUCUAGAAAGAAGACCAAAAUUCAAUUUUCGCUCGGAACUGUGUUCCUUUCGGCGGUAUCGAGCGGUGACGUGGAGGAGGUGAAGAAACUUCUGGCCAAAGGCGCAGAUAUAAAUCACCAAAAUGUCGAUGGACUUACCGCGUUACAUCAGGUAAGGUAUCUGACAUUCCUGCCAGAGAUAGAAAAAUUAUAUUUGAAGCAAGAGUAGCUUGUGCGAGAAGGUUUUGUAGACCAGGUCCGGGGUCCUAGGCAGAACCCAAAACAAUAGCCUAAUUAAGGAAUCACUCGCUCCUUAAAACAUCGAGUGAUUACAGAGCUUGCUUCGGGAAAGCUAAAUUUCUCGGUGCUGAUUCCUUUGAAUUCUUACUUGACCAAAGUUAGGCAUUAAAUCAGUUAUAACCCUGGCAGUUAUUUUUUGGCCAGGCAAUUCUCAAAAUGCUUGUUAACGCCUCGAACUAUUAAGACCAAGUCCAAAUGGUUACAAGGAAAUUUAUGUCGAUUUCUAAGCUCUAAAUCACAACCAAUCUCUGUAUAUUCCUCUCAACAAUUUCAGUGUUUUUUAUUCUUGUGAUAUAAACUCUUCCAGCCGAAACAUUCCUUAUCAUUUCUUGUCUCAUAUGCCUUCAAGUGAGCAGCUUAAAGCCGAAGGCAACCUAGUAUUUCGGGGUAUUCAAGUGAUUUUCAAACUAAUCACUUUCCGUCGUGUAUAUUUACAUCUGUUCGUAGUAAUGUAGGCUUUUAACUGUUGUUUGUGUUCUUCAGGCUUGCAUCGACGAAAGUUGUGAUCUCGUUGAAUUUUUGGUCGAUCAUGGAGCCCGAUUGGACGUACGAGACAACGAAGGCUGGUCGGCCUUACACGCUGCAGCCAGUUGUGGGAGCGUUGAAAUAGCACAGUGAGUUUGUGUUUGCUUUAUACAUUUCAUUGUAAUCUUCUCUAAAACCGGCCUGGCAUUAGGUUUGAACUGGGCUUGUUGAGAAGCUUUUAUUGUUAGCGGCAUUUCAUUCACAUUUAACACAACUAGCCUAAAUCUGUGGUCUGUGUCAGUUCCAAAUUUGUAUCGCGUUUCAAAACAUGCAAGGAACUCGGUGCAAAUUUUAGAGGCUUCUUCUUCAAUGUGUGAGGUUUGUGAGGUCUGGAUCGCUGAGGUAUAUUUGUGAUUUUGCUUUGAGGCUUUUCCAAGCUGAAAGAAGGCGAUAAACCUUUCUCCUACUAAAGAAGAGAGGUCAUAAUAAAAUUACUCUUCAAUCGAUUAGAAUCUCUUGUCAGUCGGAAAAUUUAUAUCGAAUGGCCGAGGUUGUAUGAAAUACCUUUGAAGUGCUGUAUCCCUGGCGUUCGUUUUUUGACCUAGUCUGUAGUUUUUCCUUUAAUCUUUUGUUGUCUUUUCCGUGGUACGGUACGGAAAUGUUCUAAGCAAUGUUUGUCCUAAGAAGGAUACUAGAUCAGUCGUUUAUAUCUUCAGAAGUAUGUAUGUGUGUGUAAGUCGCUGUGGCUUAAAUUCAUUAAAACUUGCUUUGAUGUAGUCGUUUUAUUUUUCGUUUAUAAUUUUAGGGAUUUAGACUUUGACGCUCUUGAAAUUUAUAUUCAAGUGGCCUUUACGUUUCACUUUAACCAAGUGUUGUAACAAUUUUUGAGUGGUUGCGAGAUGGUCAAAUUAAAAGCGUGACUUGCAUAGUACGAAACCAUGUACACUCACUUGUGGAGACUUGUAGUUUCAAGAUCUACCAACCGACCAUGCAAAUCCGUGUGAAUUUUAAGUCAUUCUUAUUCUCAGUUACAACUGGAAAAUCGACCAGACUAUUUUCGGAAUCAUGCACUGUGGAAAUUUAAAACACAGCUUGUGCACUCCUAUCGUGGCUCAUUUAUCUUGGGUCAAAUCUUCUGUUAUGUAUAAUUUCAUGAGUGAGUUAGACACAAGUUUCGAGCUGUUCGCUUCCCAAAAUCAUACAGUUUUUGUUCAAGGCUGGUUUUGCAGAGUUUGUUGAUAAGAAACUUUCAAUUGUAACUUCGGCGGUGAAAUAUUUUUAUAGAGAAAUCCAACUAUUCCGGAAACAGCGUGCCUACUACGAGUGAAACUUUGUGGGAUAGAGCAUAUUGUCUUAGAUCAUAAACCUUGAUACCUCGUGGUUCAUGGUGUUUACUCUUACUCUAUAACUAACAUCCAAGUUACAAGAAACAAAUAUUUGUAAUGGACAAAAAUAACUGUUGGUUUCCUGGCACAUCGAAUCAACCUCAGCAAAUUAGUUUGUUUCUACGGAAGACCUUUUUAAAUCAAUUGCUUUCCCGUUAUUGUUCAUGUUUGAAACUAUUUGCACUUUUAUUACUGAACCUUUAGUAGUGGUAUUUAUUUUCGUCAAAACACACAUGCACAAUACGUCAUUUUCUUUUCUCAGUGUUUACCAGUGUUACUUUGAACUGAGUACUAUUCAUCCUUUGGUGCACUUGAUCUCAUGUCUACAUAAUCAGCUCAACAUAAUCAUAACACCUUUCAUGAAAUUUCAAGUAAGUUUUAUUUAUUUAAAAGUUUUCCAGUUCGAUGUAACAGGGUCAAGCAGUAUAUAUUAUUCAUUUUAACUUCAUUUUUGGAGGUUGUAUUUAACUUUGGAUAUCCAGGUUUUGAUUAUUGAUACUUAAAUUUGGUUGUAAAUCUCUCCCUAUGUUGCAAUGAAUAAUUUUUUAAAAAAUUUUCAUCAUUUUGAUUUUGAAAAUAUGUGGUUUUCCUCACAGUCUGGAUUGACUGAAAUGAAAAUUAUCACACAAUGAUUUUCUCAAAAAAGUUUCAUUUUGAAAGGAGUUAUGUAGCAAUUGUGUUUCAAGGUUGUAACAUUUCUGAAAUCUUGUACUUUUGCUGCAUGGACUUAAAUUUUUGGCUUAGAGCAACAGAUUUCAAGCAGACCAAGUAAAUCAAUAGAGAAAAUAAUUAAAACAAGUCAUGUUAUCAGUUGAAUGCAGUAAGUAAAGUCAUUAAGUUGGAAGUGUUUUAAUUGUUUACUUCCAGUUCAAUAUUUAAACUGAGACUCUAUUUAUAACAAUAGUUUUGUUUAGGCAGAUAAAGUUGUCCUGAUCUAUCAACUUUGAGACAGAUUUUUUCAUUUUGCACAUGAAAAAACCACAUGUAUAAUUAAAAUUAGGAGAAGUUAACUUUAAAAAAAGGAUGGUAUCUGUAUAUUGGAUCACCAUUCAUGGUUACCAGGCCUAUAGAUAAUGUUGAAUGUUAAAAGAAAUAUAUAUAUGUGUUUCACUAAAUUGAAGUUCAUCCAUGAAUUAAUACAAGUGGUAAUCCAUGCAUACAGGUUCUUUUUUUCUUUAAGUUCUGGAGUAAAGAGGCAUUGCCAAGAGGUAGACAGAUCUGUGCUUUAACAUUUAGAGUUGAUAUAUAUCAUCAUCUCUGUAAUGUAUUCUACAUUGAAUUAUGUGAGGUUCACCGUCUUAAAGAUACUUUCUUUCAGUUCCAAGUAUUUCCAUAACCAGCUAAUGCAGUAUAGCUAUUUUAAAAAUCAAGUUUUUCACACUAAUCAUCCUAAGCAGUUGUGUACAAUGGGUGCUAUUAAAUUGGCUUUUUCCACUUGGAGUGUUACUGUUUUUCUGAAAAUUUUAAGAUGAAGUUCAGUUCCUAAAAACCCUUUAUUAAAAUGUAUAUUGUGUAAAAGGUAGUAUUCGAUGGCUGAUUAUUUGAAGAUGUCCUCAAAAUGAAGUAAAUACGAUCACAGUUUGCUCAUGAGUGUUGCAGAUAUUCUUACCAAAUUUUUAAGUCUUCUUUCUUCUACAUAGGAUAACUGACCUGAAAAAUUACAAAAGGGAUUCUUUUUAUUUUAUGUUACCAAGAGAUAAUUAAACUACAAACUAGUAUCCUUAUGCUCAACUGUUUGAGGAUUUUUUCCUCUGAAGUGUUUUACAGUUUGGUAAGAACACUACAUGUAUCCUCCUGGUUUUUCAUACCAGUGGACAGCUCCUGCGAUUUUUUUUUAUUCUUUUGAGGCCUAAUCAGCUUAUUAGGAAUUUUGUAUCUGAAGUACACAGUUUCAGAUUUUAUACGCUGGCAUGUAAUUAAUGAUUUAAAUGACUUUUUGUGUCAGUGGUUGCCAAAGAUGGAUUAGGCAGUAUUUAGAAUGCCAGUAUCUGCCAUUUGUAAAAAUCUGUGGAUAAAACUGAGGUUUAAUCUAGAAUUAAAGUUGUAGGAAAUGGACAGAGGUAGUGUGCAGCAGUACCUUGGAAUUUUCUCGAAUAGCUCUAAUUAAAGAAAAAAAAGUGAUAUUGAUAUUUUGAGCCAAUAUAUACAUGCACUCAGAAGCUAUGUUAAGUUAUAUAAUACUUAGUGGUUAUCUGUUGGAAAAUAAACAAUUGUUUUUGCCAGGGAUAUAAAAACAAAGGGAAAUAAAAUUAUGAGGAGUUUAUUCUUUGAUUGGAAGAAAUUUAAACUAAAAUCACUUUUAACAGACACCAACAUUUAGAACAGGCUAAAAUGGUGAAAAAAUGAAUAAUUUUCUCGAAUAAUGUCACUCCACAAAGGUUGCAUUAUAUGUAAAUGUAUGGUAUCUGUGAUAAUUUUUAUGAUAAUAGUUGCGCUGAUAAAGAGUUUCCACAAUUUUUUUCAGGAUUUGGCUUUUGUUUCAUUCUGAGCAUUAACUUCAUAAGAUAUUAUACGUAUUUGUUGUUCUUUUUCUAACUACAAUAACAAAAGCACUCAAGGUUAACUCCUUUCACUUUAAUUGAUUCAUCACUCUCAGAGAACCUUUUGAAUUCACACAGGUUUGGAAAGUGUUUGGAAAUAUAGUACCUUUUCCUUAGUUGCUGGAAUUCUUAUUUUUAGGGUAUCACACUUUCAAACUCCCAGAAUUGUUCAUAGAGGAUUUUACAGUCUCAAAAAUGUUUCCUGGCAACAAAGUAAAAAUUUAAGAUUAGUAUAACUUUGGCUUGACUUAGUGUACACACAUUAACCUGUAUUGUUUUUAAUCGCCUAACUUUUGAUCUGAUUACAGAGACAGACAUGAUCAUUGUAUGUGCAUAUGUUUCUAUAAAUCAGAGGGAACAAAUUGCAAUUGUAGCAUAGCUAAGAGACCCUCUUUCAAGGGAUUAUUGACUGGUAUAGGAAGGAUGUUCCACUCUUGUGCUGAGAGCACUUUGUUGGUAGAGUUUUCAUUUGGUAAUUAGUUACUGAGGAAAAGUGUUAAAUGACACAGGAAUAACGACAUCUCACCCCUUGACUUCUGUUAAAAAAUCAGGCAAUUUAAAUAUAGGUGGAUGAUUAUGCAUGAAAGUCAAAGAAUUUACUGAUCUCCAGAGCUUGAUAAACACUCUGAUUCUUCCGGAGGGAUAGUCCUACUUUUGUGUCUCAAAACAUGAAAGGAUGGUGGAGAGGCCAGUGUGAGGGUUUCAUAAAUAUCACAGAAAUGUUUCUUAUGCCUUAAAGUCAAGUCACAGAAAGACAUUCCGAAAUAACACGGUGUAGAUAUUCUUAUAUUUCAUAUUAUGAUUAAAUUAGGGAAAAGCGAUCCAAGGUUUUAAUAAGAAAGUUGAUUUUCUUUAUCAAGUUUUCCAGGCAAGGCAAGCCUAAGUAUCCAUACAUAUUGAUAACAAAUCAAUUUUUUUUCUCUAUUCUGUUUUCUUUUCCCAUAUGCUCCUCUCUGGAACAUUAAGGGAAAAAACUCUGCUGGUUGGCUGCCAAGAGUAUUUUACAAGGAGAGUGAAGGCCUUAAGACUAAAUUUCAGGCAUUAUUUUUCUUCAGGUUUUGAAUAUUUUAUAGAAUUAUAAGUUGCAAACUUAGUACUGAAAGUGUUUCUACUUCAUGUACACUCAAAACAUGAUUCUGUUUUGUUGAUUUGUAGAUGUUUACUUGAUCAUGGAGCAGAUGUGGCAGCUGUUAAUAAUGAAGGGGAAUUACCACUGGAUCUUGCAGAGGAAGAUGACAUGGAGGAUCUUUUAACAGAAGAAAUUGAAAGAUUAGGUAUGUAGUUAAGAAAGAAAGUAUUUCUUCCAUCUCAAAGUUGAGACUCUUUGGUGCAAUGGCAUAUUAUCAUAGCAUGAAACCUAAAGGUCUGGGGCUCUAUUCUUUCUUUUGGGGAAGGGGGCUCAGUUAUUUCCUUGGUCCCAUGCUGAUGAUAGAAUCAAGCUCUAUUUUCUUAAUCUAUGCAAGUACACUGUGUUUGACUAGACUGGGUUCUACUGUAAUGAUUAGUUAACCUGCCAUUAGUAAGAUUGUCUGCUCAGUCUUUUCAAUGGAAAAAUAAUAAAAACAAAUUUUGAAAACCCUUUUGUAAUUUUACAAAGUUCCAUUUUUAUUAAUCUCUGGAAUUUAAGAAUUGACCUAUUAAUUCUCUAAACUGGACUACCUGUAGCCUGCCAGUUCUUUUUUAAUGAUUAGUGUCCCAAGAUUCCAUGUCUCUUUCAAAGCCCCAAUUUGUUUUUUUGGCUUUAAAUUUUUGCUCGCAUUUUGCAUGAUUGAUAGUAUGUUCUCUACUUUGAUAACUUUUCCCUUUGUCACCGGCCUUUGAAAGUAAAAGCAAAUUUUGGUAUUGAGAUUUAUCGAUUGAAGUAUUCAAGACAAGUUUAAAUGUUUAGUGCUCUGAGUAGGUUGCCAUGGUGGGAAUCAAAUUUUUUGGACAACUUUAUCAUGGAGGUAUUUGUUUUUGUGAAAAUAUUACUCAAGAGAUACACAAGGUAGAAUUGUUGGUUGAGAUUUUAAAUAAAUGUAGAUCUCAAAGAGCACCCCCUUGGUGCAAUACUGAUCUCCUCUUUCACUUUUUAGCACAUAAGGGUAUCAAUGUAGGUACAUAAAUCAGAGCUCAAUUUUGUUCCUGUUUUGAGUUUUAUUUUCCCUUGUUACUGCAUGUCAUAAUAUUUGGUGAUGGGUUUGAAAUAAACAAAAGAUGUAGUCGGCAUCAUGGAUGAAGUAAAUCAGACAAAAAUUAUAUGCUGUCCUAAUUUACUAUCAAAUUACACAUUCUGCCAAAAAGCUUGACCUUCCUUGUCUCAUACAGUCAUGCGUCUGGAUUCUUUUCUUUUAUCUUCUUGUAUAUAUCAGUUAAGUCCUUGGAUUUGUUCUAUUAUUGCAAGUCAUAAGUUUUCAGAGUUUUUAUUUCCUGGCUCAACUUUUGGAGCCUAAAAAAUGUGUCAUGCAUUUUCAUUCUCCACCAAAUGUUUUGUUAAUUUGGAGAUAUUUCCUAAAGGGAUCUUUGAAAAUGUAUUUGAUGAGAUUUACUAUUAGGGUAGGGCAGGGCAGGGGAGGGGCUGACAUCUUCGACCUUUUGAUUUUGCGGUGUAGUGAUUAGCAAUAUUCAGGAACCCCUGUACAUGGUUGAUUGCAUUACCUUGCUAGUUCUUAACCCCUGUCUUGUUAAAAUGAUUCAUACUCCCUUAAACAAUCCUUCAAUUGCUGUUUAACGAAACUUCCAGUCAGCUUUUUGCAGUUAUCCCUUAUCAUAUUGCCAUUGCGUGAGCAAAAUGGAAAAUUAUAUUUUUGGAGUUUGGCCAGUUGGCUGUUGAAGCUAAUAGAACACUCCACUAGAUUUGGUGCUGCCAUGUUUCGCUCUAAAAAGUGUAGGAGUGUAGGAAAUGCCUUUUUACCAUCUAUGAUUACAUUCUCACAGAACCACCAAAAUACUCAACAGUGCAACAACAGUAUGUGGGCUCAAACUGUGUCGAACUUUCACUUUGCACUAACUUGAACAUGUGGCCAUUUCUUUAACAGUGAAGUUUCAAUAUUUGCUCUCUGCUCUCACAAACUCCAAGGUAUCUCAAACUGAUUUUCUCUUUCCAUGGUGUAAGUCAAUAACUGUUCACGUUGACUGCAAAAAUUAAGAUUUUUUCUGGAGGAGGGGAGGUACAGUCAGUAAUACAAGUACAGUACAGUCAAUAACAGUUAGUAAUAAAAGACUCACCAGAUACAACUUGUAUAUUUUACAACAACAAAAAGUAUGUACAGUAUACAACCAUUAUAAAAAUUGAUGUGGCAUAAGUGUACAUGUAGAUACAUGUAGAGUUUUUUGGCCCCACAUGAGGUAUUUCUCUUAUUUUCCAGCUUUGCCACGUGGUUAAUACAUAUAUAAAGUCUGUUUAUUAAGCUGUAAGAUGUUAAUGAUGGAAAGCUAACCUUGUAGCUCAGUGGUAUUGGUAACUAAUGAAUUGAACUAAUGAAUUAAAAUUUGAGGUCCAGGUCUUUACUCAUAUGGCUUUAUUACCUUAAAACUUUUGAUUAUUUUAGCCCUUUAACUCCCAAGAUCUGAUUGGUAAUUCUCUCCUCUAGCUGCUUUUACAUUUCCUUGUAAAUUAGUUGCAAGAAUUUGGCGUUAGAUCAAGAAAAACAACUUCCUGAUAAGUCUGAGUAUUCUUACCUUUUUGAUGAUGACGCAUGGAUAUUAAAAGGGAGAAGUUUCAUGUGAAUUACUUAUUGGAGUUGAAGGGUUAACUACUGUACCAGCAGCCUGAUGGUUCUGAAGUUGUUGUGAUCAGCCAAUAAGUGACAGAUUAUGAAGACUACAAGCACCCCCACCACAGCACAACUGAUUGACUGCCCAACUAUGACAUGAAGGAAGUCCCACAGUGGGCAGCAUUUUAAAUAUCUAUUGUAAAGAUUGUGGGAGUCUGAUGUUAGUUUUGUUUUGGCCUGUAAAUUUUUUUUUUAUUGUGAUGAAAAGAAAUGUUCAUCUUAUGCCUUCAGGAAUUGAUGUUGAAGAAGCAAGAAGUAAAGAGGAGAGAAUAAUGUUAGAAGAUGCUCAGAGUUGGAUGAAUGGUAGAACAAUAAAUGAAAUUAAAGAUAGAUCAGGUGAAGUUAUGGCACAAUGUUUUUACUUCUAAGUGAAAAGGUAAUCCAAACCCCUUAGGCUUUAUUCAUCAAACAAUACAGUUGUCCUUAAGGAAGAAAGGGGGGGGGGUUCAUCAGAUUAAGGUGACGAAAAGUUCCCAACUAUGUCAGGUAAAACUGAUGGUCAAGAUUUCCUUGUCAUUUGAAGACUUUUUAAAGUUAUUGUUGUCCAUUAGAGGACUAUCUGUGGUUUUGAUCAAUUUGCAUUAGCUAGUUCUUUUAUAUGCCCUUUACAUGUAUGUUUUAUAAACUGUUAUAAAAAAACAUUUGCCUGUUGUUUGGGGUCUUUGCCUUUGUGGAAUGCAUUCCUUUUUGCUGAGUUGAUCAGGGCACAUCUAUGCAUUUUAUUAAUAUAUAUCUGAGCGGUAUUGAAGUAGUACAUAAGAGUUGCAGUUUAAGCAUACUAAGACUAAUGUUUUUCUCUUUAGGUGCUUCAGCAUUACAUGUUGCUGCAUCGAAAGGUUAUCUACAAGUUAUUAGGUAGGUUGGCUGGCCACUUAGGCAGGAGUUUCAAUAACUUUUUGCAUAAGCUGCUAAAGGUAUAAUAGGCAGUUGCGUCGAGGUGAAUUGUACAAAAACCACACUAAAAACACACCAUUCACUUUCAUGGUACAUAAUAAUGUUAAUUAGCAAAUUCAUGACAUUCUGUCAGUGACAUACUUGUACACAGUACUUUUAAUUAAUUAGUUUUCCUUUCACUCUUGUGUUUUUCCUCAGUCUUUUACUUCAACUUGGUGUUGACAUCAAUGCCAAGGACAAUGAUGGCUGGACGCCAUUACAUGCAGCAGUUCACUGGGGGCAAAGUGAUGCAUGUGAAGUACUCGCUGAUCAUGGAGCCAACUUUAGUGCUAGGAGUAAUGCGGUAAGAUGUUCAAGAGAUGUACAUGUAUACAUGUGUUCUAGUAACCAUUAAAUCAAUACCAAAAUAUCCUCACCUUUUACAGUCUUCAGUGUCUGCUCUUAAUUAAGCAUGAUCAGUAUACAUUUCUCUUUGAUUGCCAUCUUUUAAUUGUAAAGAUGAUGUUGCUUUGAAAUUCAGAAAACCGUGAUCAUGAGAAAUGUGUAUGGAAUAUUAUAGGGUUUCAAAGAAAAAGCCAAUUAGACCUCAGAAAACUAAAUUACAAACAGAAAAGGCAGUUACUCUGUGGUUUUGAGGUUUUCUCGUUGGUUUUUAACCUUUUUUGUGACUGGUGAGUACUCAAUUGACCUGUAAGAAUUGAAUCACAUUCCUUACUGUUUUCACUAUCGUGUAGCAUGUAAUAUGCAUGGUUAACAUUUUUAGACUCAGCAAGUCAGACAGUCAAUGAACUCUGUCUGGCUCUAUGCUUGUCUGUUUGGGAUUGAGUCAAUCUGUCAGGCAGUCUUUGAGUUGUCCAGACAGUUAGUAAAUCAGUCUGUCUUUUUGUCUGUCCAUAUGUAAGAUGGGUAGGUAAGCAAGUUGAAAGUUUUGUAGCUCUUACUGAUGCAUCCGUAGGGUUCAACACCUAUCGACCUGGCAGAACCAGACAUGGUUAAAAUGCUGGAAGAGCUUAAGAAAAGGCAAAAGGAUAAGCCAAAGAUCAAUGCGGUAAGUAGGGUGACUUGUUUAUGUAUUUGUGCUCAUUAUGGAAGCUGUGAUGUGCUUUGAUAAGCGUAUAGCAUGUAAGGAAACAUUUAACAAAUUAAAGAGUAAUUGAGUGGUUGCUCUGAUUACCUCCAAGAAAUUGUCAGUGUAGGUCAAGUUGUACGAUUAAGAAUUGACUAGACAGGGUGAGUUAAAGGUCAGACAGCAAUAGAUUUGGUUUGAGUAUAUCCAAUCUCCUGGCUUAUUUUUGUUGGCAUAGCAUUCCUCAUACAGUAAGUGUUACUGUUUCCCUUCAACAGUCAACAACACCAGUCAUUAAAAGCAAUAUGGAAUCUGGACCAGCUCCCUUAAAAAGACGGUUAGUGUUAGUGUUAGUGUUUGCAGAUGUCAUGUCUUGUGUUAAAAUUGUUUAGCUCACCUUAUUCAGCUAUUUUAUGGAAUAGGGGUUGUUAUUAAUAUUUAUGUUAUUUCGGACAAUGUAUUUUUUUUACUAGAGAAUUUUCACAGAAUGACAAAUAGAACCCAGUGUGUUUUUGCUAUUAAAUCUAUACACUUAUCAAGGAAGAACAUGUAAUAACCAUAUUUAGCUUAUUUCUCCUUUGAUCUCUUCAAUCAAUGAGCUCCCACUAAGGUAUCAUUCAUCAUCACUGAAAAUUUCUUUGUGACAAACAGACCUUUUUUAACUGUUUGUUGUGAUCUACUCUGUAACUGCAUGUUGACAGUGAAUUGUUUGAUACUUUCUUUUAUUAUUCCUUUUUGGUGCCAACCUUGAGCAGUGCAGUUGCAAGUAACUUUUGCCUGAUAUAUGCAUGUUCUGUUUUUAGUGCUUUCUUCCAGCCAAGGGACGUAACGAUAAAUAACCUCUGUUCACAGCAAAACUUAAUCUUUGCUUGCAAAUGAUUUUUUGGAUUACUGGUGCAGAGCAAGCUUUAAGCCAAACACUUCUCCAGCUGUUCUUAAAUCCUGUUCUGUCAAGAAGGCUUUCUUCCUUUGUAGUUAGCUGACAUUGCUCGGCAAACAGCCCUAAUAUUACAUUGAUGUUUUGUAACAAAUGUUGUAUUCCUCACCCCUGCCCUCCCCCCACACCAGGGUUGUCUAUUUCUCAGCGGAUAGGUACAAUUGUGAGCCUAACAUUAAUAUCAACAGUAUUGUUCCCUCUCUUUGUCAACAGUUACUGUACAUUGUAGAAAACUCUGGUCAGUUACAAUGUUAAGCUGUUUCUGAAGAACGACCUAACUCGCUCGUUCGUUUUGAAUUUGAAAAUUAACGGGUCUAACAUGACCUUAGCCCUGUAAUAGUUACUGAAUUUUUAAAUUUUUUUAUUUUUCCUUCCUUUUCAGUCUAUCUGAAACAUCUAUAGCUAGACUGCGGCGUAAUGCACCCCCUGCUAACAACCCUGGACUACUGUAUGUAAAAGUUGAUACUAACACUGUACUAACACUCUCUUGAGCUGCACUGCUUCUUUCUCUAGACCGAGUAAGCUUGCUGUUGUACGUGAAACUGCUCUUUGGGCUCAUCUUCUUUGCUGCGUCUUUCACUUAUCUCAUCUACUUGAUGCGUAACUCUUUGUAUGUGGGUCUCUCUUGGUGUUCUUGACUUCCUUUCUUUGCGGACUGGCACUAAAUAAAACAAUUAUUCAAAUUCCUGAAACUCGGAAUGACAAUGCAUGAAUUUGAUUGAAAAUGAAACGCAGUGUAUCCGUCGUAAUUGUUCCGAAAGAAUCGGUUUCUUGGACACCAAGCACAGAUUGAUCCUCGAGAAGCAGAGAGAUCAAUUCCAGUGCGUGGUGUUUGUGGUGCCAGUCCUGCAAGACUUCUAUUCAUGCAACUUCUGUGGCUUCUUCAUUUCAUAGGAGCUCCAUAACAAGAAUAAAGGACCAAAACCUUUUUCUCAGGGACAUCAAUCAGGAGAGGGCACAGAUGGAAGCUAGCAAGGAGCAGUUGUCCACCUCCCCUAAGAGCCGCACCUCCAGACCGCCGAGUUUCGACGACUCGCCCAAAGAGGACAAGGAAAACGAGAAGGAGAAAUCAGACGGUUUCAACAAAGAUGACAGUGGUUCCGAAUCCGAUACGGAGGACAGCUCUGAAGAGUCCAGUGAAGAGGAUUCAGAGGAAGAGGGGAGGGGUAGGAAGCCAGCUGUGAACUCGAAUACUUCCAGGACCAGACCGACGGUCAAUUCUCUCUCAGCUAAUUCUGCGGUUAAUUCGCUUAAAAAACCAGCGGAUGAGUCCGACUCAGAGGAAGAAACCGGCAGUGAAACUGAAGAGUCCUCUGAAGAGGAGGAGGAAGAAGAGCCGGUCAAACCUGAUACGCGAACAAGUUCUACGUCGCGACCGUCCGCGUCGUCGCGUUUUCCGAGCGCGCCUGUUAGUGCGCCAUCUAAAGUAGCGGUGGGAGGCACCUCAAAGCUUCUGAAAUCCCCUUUCCUAGACAAUGAUAAGAAGGCAAACAAUCCUUCUUCACUUGUUUCAAAAACUGAACCCUCUAGGACUCCAAGGUUCGGUGAUAGGGGUGAUGGUAAAGAAGACACUAAACCACGGGUUGCGAGCAACGUAACUCGUACUACGGCUGAUACUACGAGUAAUGCGACCAUAACUACAACUAGUGCGGCUCGGAGCGUAAUUAGCUCCACACCUAGCGAGGACGCUCUUCCAAAAACAAAACGGCAGAACAGGAAGGUCACUGAGAGGGCGAGUACCUCUUAUGUAGUAAAUAGCGGAAGGGGAAAUGAGGAAGGUGAGGAAAUGAACGGAGAAGAUGGCAAGAGUAAUGAUGUGACCCACAGGAAGGGAGCAGAGGAACAGAAGGUAAUACUUCGUGCAUGCAGCAUUAUUUUUGAUGAACAAGAGGGCGCGCAUUGCUUUAGCGCUUUAAUUGUCGUUUUUUCUGUUCUAUUGUCAUUAAUACUGUUAUUAUUAUCGUCAUUAUAUUAUUAAAGGACAAGUAUGCAACGAUAUUGCUGGUGAACAACAGGGCUCGCAACAGGGCUUGUCGUCUUUGUAAACCUCAGUUUUUUAAAUUUUUAUUAUUAUUAUUAUUAUUAUUAUCAUUUUUUUUAUUAUUAAUAUUAUUUUGUGUAUCAUGUUUCUGCCUUCCAGCCUUUCAGCCUCGGGCGGUUUGUUUGAUCUCGCUAAGCAAUGUACUAUUAUACUUAUUUUUCAUUCAGAAUUUUUUUUGAUUCAGGUAAUAACCUGUAAAAUAUAUAUUUCUUUCCUUUCUCUCUUUUUUUGUUCCCUAUCCUUCUUUUUUCCUUUCUAAUUUUAUUGUUGUUGUCUAAAUAUUUGUUCUGUUGGCUAAAUACGAAUGAAAAUUUGAAGGAAUAAAAAACCAUUAUGACAAAAGGUGUAAGAAUAGACGGGGAUUAGAAACAGACUAAUUUGCAAGGUGUUGAAUUGCCUGCACCCUCACCGAAUGGCGUGCCAACUUAAUCAAGCAGUAUUGUCAUAAAUUCCACACCAGAGUAAACAUGCCGACGCGCUGAAUUACUGUAGAUCAUGCAGGUAUGCAUCGUUGCAACAACUUAAGAUAACAUAGGGAUUUACUUGUUGAUUGUGUUGACAGAAUGCCACGAAGAGGCUCGUUAUAUGCUGGUUGUCAAAGGGUUCUUUGCCAAAUGCGUGGGGGAGGUUUGCUCUUUUAAUUAGUCCGGCUAGCUAUUAAUUAUUCAUAGGAGCCUCUCUGGUCGAGCUUAAAACAAUUGAAAUAAAAAUGGCGAAACUGAAAUUUGAGCCAGACUUAAAGUUGUUCAGCGUAGUGUACUGUGGAGACUAGUGGCUUCACAGCCUGAGCUGGAAGUUGUCCCGCUGGAGUGUUGUUUGUGCGAUCGAGGGGUGAUCACGAAGUUCCGCUCAUGUCGUACCUAACUCGUCGGUUCGAUCAACCAAGCUAUGGGAGUCAAAAGAAUUAUACGUCAAGAACUCAGGUAACGCAUUCUCCAAGGUUCAAAGCGGUCGUAUUUUAGUUGGGAUUAUGAAGUGAAAUUAUUGUUUGGUUGGUUCUUAGGCUGUUAAUCCGACCUGAGCGACCAUCGCUCGAUCGGAAAAAAUUGCGUUCAUUGUACUUGUUUGUCAACAGUCGAUAUUUUGCAUUCCGAAUUUGCUAUCGAUCUGGUUAGGCCUAGUUUAAUCAUCUGUUCACCAUCCUGUGGUGAAAAGCACUCUUUUUCUUGCGGACGGAAUGAAGUGUUCAGGAUGCAAUCUUUGCAGAAUGGGAAGAGUAAUUUCAUCAACGUGUUCAUUGCGAUAGAGUCAAGCUAAAUUAAUUUCUAUUGACCGACAUAUUUCAUGUUCGCCGCGGCGCUGACUACAAAAGUUCUUUUCUCCAUUAUCAACAACACAUUGUAUUUAUUCGCCGGUGACACUAGCGUGGAUAAAGUGUAUAGCCUAUUGAGAAACAGAAAGUUUAAUAUCCUGCGGGUUCUUUAUUUUAAUUCUAGCAAAUAUCUUAACAUCUGUACCUCUCGGUGAGGCGUUAAUAGUCUAAGAUUGCGUUCUGUUGCAUUUCCAAAGCUCUUGCGUGCAUUAUUAUUCAAGAUGACAGAAAUUGGCUCUAAAUGAAAUUGCUAUUUUGUUAAUAUCUUCAGAUACGAGCCGCCAGCAUUUUUUGUUACAGGUCAGAAAUUAUUUAUCCAGAUAGGGCCUCUGAUAGGGGUAAAUAAUCGGCUCUAAAGUGGUUAAUUAGCUUUGUGUUAAGUUAUCUCUAGCAUUUCAUUCACACCCAUUUUGCAUACAAUGAACCUCUCCCGUCUGUCAGAGCUUAACAAACAUAUUCGGUGUUUUGAGCGAGAGCCCAAUCGCGGUUUUUAAAGUCAGGUCUUCGAAUGAUGACUGCAGGGCCGUAGAAAUUCAUUGAUUUGCGGUGGGUAAUUCUUUUUAAGACCAGAUGUUGGACGUAACUAUUGUGAGGGCGAAUAUCUGACGUUCUUGUCAGCAGGGCAAAUAUGUCAAGUCGCGUAGGGAAUGUAAACUUCAUACUGGUAUUAUUUACUUCUGUUUUUGGAAAGCAGAAGUUACAAUAAGUCAGAUGCGAUUCGGUGGUAAACAAUCGAUGAAGCGUACCUCCUUUUACAGUUAGCGUAUUUUAAUGUGAGUGAACAAGUUUAAUUUGCUGGCCAUUUCAGAACAGCUGAAUUACCUUCUACAAUCUUCCCUCGCUGUCCUACUGAUUUUCAUCAGCAUGUUCAGGUAAUUUAACGCUAGCUCAGAGCUGGACGUCCGGGGGCGUUUUAACCUCUGAAAUAUGUACAUUAGGGGCAAAGCUCUUGUCCCAAAGCCUGUUUUUUGGAGUUGUCGUUAUUUACCUACUGGCGGUAUAUUCAAUUAGUGGUCAACUGAAUGUUGCUAAUUGGUCCAGACGCCACUUGAUUUUGUUACGCGUGGACCUUCAGUGAAACUUACUCCCUCUAACUUAGUUUUGUUGAAGGUUCAUGAUAUCUUGCAGAAUUAAGGCUAGAGUAAACAUUCUUCAUGUAACAGUUUUACUCCACUGCUCCAACCAUCGCUAUGAUUAAUGUUAAUUAUAUACAAACCCUUGUGGCAAGACUUUCCUUGUUUUUUCUUUUAUCAUAUUUGUUUGGUACGAUGUUUUCUUCGUAUGUCUCUAGAGUAAGAAUAGCCAUGUUGGUCCAAAUUUUGCGUUAAAUGAUCCGUACAUGUUAACGAACAGUGUUGUGCUUUUUCAUUAAGUAUCUACAAGUGUCAGCAUACUUUUUUAGCACGGUGAGGGCAUUAGUCUUUACCUUGAACUUAUUGCAGUAUUUUACACGCGCGCGAAAAUGUUUUUAACUUUUUUUCCAGACGGGGAAGGGAGAGGCAAGGAUAUAUAGACUUUGUUUGAAGAGAAGUAAGGGGGGUAUUUUGUUAGUAACUCACAACUGUGUUCUUAAAUAGCAACUAUUUUGAACCACCAGGUGAAUAGCAAACUUCGGUUAGAAGGGUUUUGUGGCUGCUAAUAACAGUCGUAGUCAAGAAAUCUUCAUGUGUUUGACCCAUACUCUUCCUUAUCUGUACAGGCGAGCAUUGGGCCUGAGUUCUGGUUUCUGACCACCUGCCUUUCUAUUUGUAACUUCAUCGAGAUAUCAAGAUUCUUUCGGUUUUUUUUCCAAACUUUUUACCAGAGAGCAUUGUCAUUGUUAGUUUUUGCAUGUCGUAGGACACGUCUGUGCGGCGGAACUCUAAGGAAGAGACGAAGUCGACGAGACUAGCCUCAACUGCUGACACGUACCUGAGCCGGCGGAGCAGACCCAGUGAAACAGUUGAGGACAAAAACGAAGAAGCUAAGAUACCGGAUUGGAAGAGACGACAAAAGGAACGAGAGAGGGAACGAGAAAAGGAGAAGGAGAAAGAACAAGAGAGGGAGAGAGAACGACAAAAGGAAAGGGAACGACAAAAGGAGAAGGAGAACGAGACUGAGAUGCCAAGUUAUCGCCGCCCCAGGCAAGACAGGGAAAAAGACAAGGAAAAAGAGAAGGAAGAGAAGGAAAAGGAGGACGAUGACUCCUCUGCAUCGGCUGCGGCGCAAAAAAGAAGGGCCAGGAGGCAAAGAGAUAAACGAAUAAAGGGGGUAAGUUUCUAAAGAGACUGUGGUGCUGUGUCGAUGGGAAAGUAAAGCAGGUUAUUUAGUGUUAACAACUGAGUUGAAAACAUAAAUUGGCCACCGUAAAGAGUAAAAAAAGCUGACUUUUCAAGUGUUAGCCCUUCGUCAGAGCGAAGGGAUAAGUGGAGAUAAACGCCGCGUAGGGGUGGGUAUUUUUAGCGUACUUUGGAAUAGGACGCCACCUUAGCUAACCACUGUCUUCUUUUCCCAACCCGUAAGAUCUAUUGGAAAAGCAUCAUAGUCAAAUUAUUUUAGCUUUAUUUCAACUAUUUCAACGAGGUUUUUGCUUCCUAUCAGUAAUUCUCAGAUCGAGUUAGAGGAAUCGUAUAGCACGUGGGUAAAUGGAAGGUGUCCAGCUUUUAUUCGAACAAUUACGUUUCUUUAGACUUAGCAGCCUUCUUGUAAACUGUAACUCCUAACCAUUUCGCUCGGUCGUUUUUCCAGAGCGACGAGGAAGAAACUGAAGAGGCCAAAGACCCAAAAAAGAACACAAAGCUAAAUGAGGAAAAUGACGAGAAAGCCUCCUUGGCCAGCAGGAGACGAUCACAAGAAACCAGACACGACGAGUAUAAGGUAUGUGUUGGGCGUGGCACAGAAGUAUACAGCUGGCACAGGGUAAAGUUUAACCACACUUCCUAACCGUUAUUAGCGGAAGCAGGACUUGAUGACAAAAUUGCCACGGCCGAUUGGCUCUUCAUUAAAAAAAAACAAUUCUCAUUUCAUGUUUCCUCCUUUCACAGAGCACCACGGACAGAAUAAGAGUUGGCAGGUACGAUUCUAGUUUGUCUUUUAUUUGGUAGUAGUUCGUGUGCAGCGCUGUCUGAAAAGUUGAAUGGUUGUUUUCAUGCAAUUACAGGCGUAUCCGAGGCCUGCUGCUUGUAAACUGCUUUCACUCAUUAAACUUCUCAUCUUUUCCUUUUAGUAGAACCAUUGAUUCGAAAGGACCCUUUGGGACCUCCAAGGUUAGAACCUUUCAGUUAUUUUUGUGCCAACUUCAAAACAAAAUACCUAUUACCAGUGCCAUAGCUGUAAAAGAAUCAAUUACUAAGAAAUAUCUAUACAAUUUUUGGUAUUUUUCUCCAUCAGGCCAACACCAUCAUAGCAGAAACAGAUCCUCAGAAGCUAAAGGAAAGAUUACAAGUAGCACAGUUGGAAAUUCAAGAAUACAAAGUUAAACUAGAAAAGGCCUUACAAGUAGGUUAUAGUAUUGAAUUGUUUUGAGUUUGAACCAUGUAACAGGAAAGUGUACAAGUAAACCAUGUCUAAUCGUUGGCAUUUUUUUGCAGGCAAAAGAGGAACUUGAAAGAAAAUACUCAAACGUAGAGGACGACUUAAAGGUAAGUGUGUCUUGUAGUAUCUUCAUGUUAGCUUGUUUUUAUCUUUCUGUAUCGUGGUAGCUUUCAUUUUAGUUGUUGCUUUUUAUCUGAAAAAUCGGUGUGACAUGUCCAACAUUAUCCAACAGUGUGGUGUAUGUAUGCAGAGAAGGCGUGAAAAGAUAACGAUGUUGUAAAAGCUUCCACCGUGUCGCGACUUAACCAGAAGAUUUUUUAGACCUGAGGUAGUGUUACCGUGAGCGAAUGCCAUGACCACAUCCAGGUGUUAAAAAAUUCCUCAUGGCUGACCACACAAUUUACUGAGGUGUCUUCCAUUAACCUCUCCCCUCUCUUCCCCUACCCCUUCAUGCCCAGUCAAUUUACUUUUGUCCGCUGCAGUGGCAGAUUUUUGACAGCUUUCGUGGCUAAUCACUUGACCUUAUUUCCGAUAGCAACUAGCGGACCUGAAAGCGGACAACCAAAGGCUGAAAGACGAGAACGGUGCCUUAAUCCGUGUUAUAAGCAAGUUAUCACGACCUCCCACUUGACCGGCAACCAUGGUGUUAGUAAGGCAAACUAGAGACAUUUAGAACUUGAUAAUGCCGAUAUGUGAUAACCCCUCUUUCCUGGUCUUAAACUGUACCUAUUUAUUCAGUACGAGACCACAACUUAGAUGUUCUUUAAUUAUGCUAGGAGGGAGGGGUGGCAGGGGAAGGUCGGAUUUUGAUUAAAGUCUUCCCUUCCCCGCCAGCCUAUAGUACAAUAAUGAGGACUUGGUUGGGUUCGUUUUUUCCCUUGUUGUAAUGUAGGUAUGUGUAUGUUUUGUAAUUGGACGUGAGUCAGUAAGAGAGAUAACGGAGAUCAGUUGCAACGUUGUACACAAAGUAAGCAAAGGAAGAUUAAAUAGAUUUUACAAUUGAAUAAUUUGUGAACUUCCCUCAAAAAGCCCAUGUUCUGCUUAUUUCUAAUGCAGUUUUCUAUAAGUGUAUAUUCUAGUUAAACGGCCGAAGUGCUUUUCAUUAGUUACGCAGAACUUUUUGUCUGCUAGAAGCUUUUCUAUUUUGUUACACUCUUGAGGGUUCAGUGAUAUUAAUAAGAAUAACAAAUUAAUGAUAAUCAAUCCGAUUGCUAAAGGUUCAACUACUGUAGUAAAGUUUAGUUUUGUACGACUUUUUGCAUAGACGAUUCAAUAAAACCAAACAGUGCUUGCUUCUGGUAGGAAGAAAGAAAGAAAAAAAAAUACAAAUACGAGCCUUUUCGACUAUGUCGCGCGAUUCUGUGUUUGAUUUAGAGCAAAUACAGAUUAGUCAAGAGACAAGAAGAAGAAAAGACGAAUUUAAUAGCAGUCAAAAGGAACCUGUUAUCUCAAAAAGAAAAUGUUUGGCGCCGUCGCAAAUAUAAUUGUAUUGAAAUUAACAUUUAUUAUAUUGUAUCGUUGUUAUUGUGCGUAUAAAUUCCAGUGAUCUCAAUUAGUUAGGGUUAAGCGUAAUUAGAGCUGCUUCAGUUGCGCUAUCGUAGAUUUUUGACUCGUCACGCAGCCUGCUUUUCAUUUGGAUGGGUUGACUGCAUGACAGCCAAAAGGGCGGCUGCACAGGAGGGUAGGGUAGUGUGCUAGUCUGUGAUUGGUUUUAGGGCAGUCAGGGACAUAAGAACAAGUUCGGGCGGAAUCCCGUAGCCAUAAUUUCUUUGUUGCCUGACUUGUAGCUAGAGUACUAGUUUAAUGAUCUAGCAACAAGAUCCGUGAAGGUUUGUCCGUCCAUUUUUUUGGAUAAGACAAGAACGAGUGUUAUUUGUCCGACUGAAUGUAUGAAAUUUAACUUAAUGCGCUUGCUGGAACGAGGUAGAGCCAUGAUUGUGAAUCCACAGGCAACUUCAGGUGUUAUUCCUGGAAACUUGCUUCGGCAUAAGUACUCCGCAAUAUCAAAGUUUUAUCUUUACUUUUCAGAUCGGAAUGUUGCGCUAAGUUACGGCGGUCAACUUGUUUCGGUAAAUCAGGCUUCAAAUUAAUGACUGAGGCGAUCCUUCCUUAUAUGAGUGGAAUCCACUUUGUUUCAAUUAAGGGUCAGAACUUGGCUUUACCUCCUCAGAGCCUCGAGGGCCUGUACGUCUGAACAGGUCACAGUCUCUGUACUUUAGCGCGGCAAGCUUUGUACGACAGUGCUGUACGAGUAGCUCUCUGUCUUUUAUUUUACAUGAUUAUGGACAAAAUAAUUAAUCUUAUUUGAUUAGUUGUCCCGUCUUUGUUGGUUCUGUGUUGAAUACGAACCCUAACUGCUAUAAAUAUACCAGUCUCUUAUAAAUCUU